GGGGCGCCCCAAUGUAUCGAGAGAAUCAUCCAGAUAGCUUAGUUUUUCCAGAUCAGAUGUCUCUCUUGCCUGCACACGCGUUCAAAGAGCCACAGCUAAUUAAAAAUAAUCAAAAUGAGGUUCUAAGCUUCUUCACACGCUGGACAGCCACCCUGCUAGCUGCCUAUAUAAACUAAACCAAAUGCAUCCCAAUGUAGAUGAUCACACCAAAUUAACAAAAAGGAACACAUUGAUCGAGAAAUGGGGUUCAGCGAGACGCAGGAAGAGCUUGUCCUUCGCUCAUGGCAAUCGAUGAAGAAGGACUCUGAAUCCAUUGCUCUCAAGUUCUUCCUCAGGAUCUUCGAGAUCGCGCCGGCGGCGAAGCAGAUGUUCUCGUUCCUGCGUGACUCCGGCGACGACGUGCCCCUCGAGAACCACCCGAAGGUCAAGGCCCAUGCCGUCACCGUCUUCGUCAUGGCAUGCGAGUCGGCGACACAGCUGAGGAAGACGGGUGACGUGAAGGUGAGGGAGGCGACACUGAGGAGGCUGGGCGCGACGCACGUCAAAGCCGGCGUCGCCGACGCGUACUUCGAGGUGGUGAAGACGGCGUUGCUGGACACCAUCAAGGACGCGGUGCCGGAGAUGUGGUCGCCGGAGAUGAAGGGGGCGUGGGAGGAGGCGUACGAUCAGCUGGCUGCUGCCAUCAAGGAGGAGAUGAAGAAGGCUGCCUAAUUCAGUUGCUAUUAUGUGUGUCUGUCUGCCUCGCUAAACCUUGCCUAAUAAGGGUCUAGUUUGCAUAACUGAACUGUCCUUGCUGUGCAGUUACCUCUGCAUCUGUGUAAUUAACUUUGUUUUGUCAAUCAUCCUGGACGAAUGAAAUAUCUGCUAGUACACCGUUGCACCUUCAGA